UUGAACAUAAAAUAUAGAAAUCUGCUCAUUGCAUCAAAAAGUGAUGACGGAAGCACAAAGCAGUCGACAGAAGCAUGGCCACCAAAGAAGAAGCGGCCAAGCGGCCACUUAGUGAUGACGAGGAAGAGAAUGAGCCAGUAAUAACACGAAAACACCAAAAAGUAGAUAGCAGAAGUCGGAUGUGCCCAUAUUUGGAUACUAUUAACAGAUCUGUAUUAGACUUUGACUUUGAAAAACUAUGUUCAGUGUCUCUUUCCCAUUUGAAUGUUUACGCUUGUCUUGUAUGUGGCAAGUACUUUCAAGGCCGUGGGAUGAAGUCUCAUGCUUACACUCACAGUGUCCAAGAUGGUCAUCAUGUGUUUUUAAACUUGGAAACUCACAAGUUUUACUGUUUGCCAGACAAUUAUGAAAUCAUUGAUUCAUCACUAGAAGAUAUCAUUUAUGUAUUAAAUCCAACAUUCAAACCAGAUCAAAUUGUUGCUAUGGACACAACUUCUAAGAUGUCGAGAGCCUACGAUGGCACCACAUAUUUGCCAGGUAUUGUUGGACUAAAUAACAUAAAGGCCAAUGACUACUGCAAUGUCAUUUUACAAGCACUUUCUCACAUACCAUUGCUGAGGGAUUAUUUUUUAAGAGAAGAGAAUUAUAAGCAAAUAAAAAGACCACCAGGAGAUCAGAUGAUUUUCCUUGUGCAAAGAUUUGGAGAAUUGCUGAGAAAGUUAUGGAAUCCUAGGAAUUUCAAAGCACAUGUUAGCCCCCAUGAGAUGUUGCAGGCUGUAGUGCUAUGUAGUAAAAAGAGAUUUCAAAUCACUGAACAAGGUGAUCCACUUGAGUUUAUGUCUUGGUUCCUGAACUCUCUUCACCUUGCUCUAAAUGGUGGAAAGAAACUGAGUAGCAGCAUUGUCAACAAGACAUUUAGGGGGUGCAUGCGUGUUUAUACCAGAAAAGUACCAGCAGUUGACAUGAAAGAAGAAGAGAAACAACAGUUGCUCCUACAAGAGGAGUACCAAGAGAGAGUGGAAGAAUCUCAGUUCCUAUACCUGACCUGUGACCUCCCUCCCCCGCCUCUCUUCCCAGAUGAGCUUCAAGAAAACAUCAUACCACAGGUCCCACUGUUCAACAUUUUGUCGAAGUUUAAUGGGAUAACAGAAAAGGAAUACAAGACAUACAAGGAUUCUACAAUGAAAAGAUUUGAGCUGACCAAAUUGCCACCAUGCAUUAUAUUGUACAUAAAGAGAUUCACAAAGAAUACUUUUAUCUUGGAGAAGAAUCCAACGAUUGUCAAUUUUCCAGUCAAGAAUGUAGAUUUUGGAGACUUGUUAGCACCUGAAGUGAGACGGAAGCACAAACACACUGUGUAUGACCUUGUGGCCAACAUAGUCCAUGACGGAGAGACGGGGUCAGAUAAGGGCACGUAUAGAGCACACAUUCUACACAAGGGCAAUGGAAAGUGGUAUGAAAUGCAAGACCUUCAUGUUGUGGACAUUCUUCCUCAGAUGAUUACAUUGUCAGAGUCUUAUAUUCAGAUAUAUGAGGUCAGGAAGGACAUUGUUAACAGACCUCCACCAGCUGAUUCACAGAAUGGGAGUAAUAAUGGAUGAUCUUUUGAGUGUUUUAAAUGAAAAGUCUCCAAGUGACCACAGCUUUCAACAUUAGCUCUCACUGAAAGUAAUUUCUUAACAGAAUCAUAAAAUCCUCUGGACAAGUGAUUUUCUAGGAUUACCCUUUGUACCCAAAUAAAGACAUAUUAGAUCAAUUGUGAAUAUGUAUUAUUAUUAGAUUUCUAAAGUAGUGUGUAGAAUUGACAUUAUCUUAUAUAGUAUGAAGAGUAUAAAUCUACAGCGUAGAGAUGAAGAAUUGAAAAGUUGCUUAAUUAUCAGUAUCUGAAUACACCGAGUGUUACCAAUGUUGAGAAUGUUAUCAAGGUGAUAUCCGAUUACUACAUUUAUCUGAUUUUAAAUGUUGUGUAGAUUAUACAAAAGGAUGACAGUUACCUUAAAGCGAUGGACUCCAUUGAAACCAUGUAGUGUCAUCAACAAAUAUUGUACAGCCAGUCUUUAUUUCAAAUGUAGUUUUUAUUUUGUAUUUCGUCUUUUUUUUUUCAUAAAGAUUU